AGCUAUUUAAAACUUCCAACUCUCUUCAAAUCUCAAAAUUUCCGAAAAUUCCUUGAAAAAAUGAAGAGAUUGAUAGGGAGGCUAGCAAGAGUGGCAGAUUCUUCGCAGUACUAUCUUUUGCGAUCGGAGUCAAGGACGAGGCGUCGACAGGCUGUGUCUUUCCGGAGGAGCGGGGGAGUACCGGAGGGACACUUUCCGGUGUAUGUAGGCGAGGAAAUGGAACGCUUCGUUGUGAGUGCCGAGCUUUUGAAUCACCCGAUUUUUAUAAAGCUACUAAAUAAAUCGGCGCAAGAGUAUGGUUACGAACAAAAAGGUGUUUUGCGGAUCCCUUGCCAUGUUUUCCUCUUCCAGCGAGUGUUGGAGUCUCUGCGCAUCAAUGGCGGAGCUGAAGAUUCAAAUGACCUCCAAUAUCUCCUGAAUUAUUUCUCCGAUGAAUUACAGUAGUGAAAACAAAUCAAAGGAAGAACAAUUCGUGAGAUUAACAGAAUGGUGAUAAUUGUUUAGAACUUUUUUUCUUCCAUCUUUUGUAAAUACGUUGUGCUCAUUAACGAAUUAAUUGGAGAACUAUCAGGUUUUAGGGUUUUGAUGAAUGUAAUGUGCGAGAAGAAAAACUGAAUAAUAUUGAAAAAUGCAUCGUUUUUCCCCCUAAUUUUAGU